UAAUAAUGACAUGCUUUAGUCACAUUAUUACAGACAGAUAUGUAGAGAGUCUAUAAAGACAAAUUAAGCUACUUAUUCAGCCGCUGUGUUGGUUCAGCGUCACGUUCGUGUCGAACACCCGGCGUGUCUUGUUCUGUCUACUAUCGUUAUGUACACUUGAUCCACUUCUCUAACCUCACGGACGUCUGUUGUCAUAUAGACACACUGACUCCAGAGAUAUAACCCUUAACUCUGUCAUACCUAUAUGUAUAUAUAGAACUCAUUUUUGAGAAAAUUAAUCAUAUGUAUUGAAAUAUUUUCUGGUUUGUUUUCGCUCAAAGCUAUUGAUAAAAUUCUACUUUCGUUAUGCAAAUGAGAACCCAAAAGUAGGUCAGCUCACUAUCAGCGCGGCGAUACACGACUGUCACAGUAUGAAGAGGACUUUGGCCAUCAAUUCCCUAUGAUAUUAUUUCAGGUUUUUUGUUUAUUGAUGCAUCCAUCCAACAAAUCCUAAUUUAGUACAUAAAGACUAUUGCUAUCGUAUGCUAUUGUUAAUUUAAUUUAGUAUUGUUGGAUCUAAGUGUUCAUAAGUAUACACUAAGUGCAAAUUAGUGAUGAAAUACGAUAGAUCUCAAACCUGUAAACGUGUUCUUUUUUGUUACUUCUACUUCAUCCAUCUUGCAGCAUGUAUUCUCUUAAUUUAUAUUAUUUCCAAUUUUGAAUAGAUCAUUGACCAUCAGUUUGUUUGUAGAUGGCAACGUCCCAGAAACUGGAGGAACAUUUCCUCACAUGCACCAUAUGCACAGAUGUGUUUGACAAUCCAUGCACGCUUGUGUGUUAUCACACAUUCUGUCGGAAAUGUGUCGUCAACUACACCAAAACCAAACCAGAAGCCAUCAGUGCCAAGUCUCUUCUGUGUCCAUUCUGCAUCAAAAUGACGAAAGUGUCUGAACCUGGCAGACCAGUGGAGGAAUGGGCGGAUGAUGUCAAGCCAAGUUUUGUCAUCCAGGGACUGUUGGACUCCUUUGGUCCUGGAUCUAGAGAUACAACAAACUGCACCUGCUGUCAUGCGGAAGGGGAGACAACUCCUGCAUCUGUAUGGUGCUCAGUGUGUGACGAAACCCUGUGUGACCGAUGUGCUAGAAUGCACAAACGUUUCCCAUCCACUCGUCAUCAUGACGUCCUUGACCUUUCUGGCGAGGUCAAUAUUGCGCGAAAGCGAAAAGUCAUGUGUAGUGAACACAAGGACGAAUGCGUCAAAUUCCUGUGCAAAGAUUGCAAGAAAGUCACCUGUCAAACCUGUUGUGUCAUCUAUCACAGAAAAUGCGAGUCCGUUGUGACACUAGAGUCGGAAUUGCCUGCUUUAAAAUCGAAACUGCUAUUUGACAAGGAAAAUAUACGACAGAAGCAAAUUCUUAUUGAAAAGAAAGUCGAUACAGUUAAAUCGAAUGUCAUGACUGAGAAAGAUCGAUAUGUCCAAAUGGAAUCGAAGAUCAAGUCUUCAGGAAGAAAGGCGAGGGAAACAAUCACUCUCAAGGCAAAUGAACUUUUAGAUAAACUGAAAGAAAUCUCAGAAAGGCACAUUGAACAGUUGAACGCCGACAUUAAGUCAGGGGAGAUAUCAGUACAGAUGUACCGACAACAGGCUGAGCUGAUUGACCAGACUCUACAAUCUGAGUGUGACAUGGAUGUGUAUGAGAUGUACCAGGGAUGUGAUGCUGGUGAUGUGGAGGAUGUCGGACACACAGACUUGAAGGAGAAGGGAAGAAUAGCCAGGAUCACGUUAAGACAGGACUCGGACAAGCUGAGUAGAGCAGUGGACGAUCUACAGCUGGGUGAGAUAGACGUUCUGUAUGACAGUGACAUUUUGGUUGUUCUCCAAUCUCAGAAUAAUGUGGUUCAUCUGACCGAGUCAGGCCAGUUUGUUAGGAACCUACUUACAGCAGGUGACGGUGUCGAUCAUCCGCACGGUGUUUGUGCAGAUGGACGUGGCCACGUGUAUGUUUGUGAAUUGUUCUCAGGUAACAUCAAUGUAUUCACAUGUAGUGACACAAAAUAGAUAACUGAUUCAUACUCAAACCAUAUUCCACCUGAUACUGUGAAGAUUAAUACACUACAAUGUUUGAUUGGUGCACAUGGAUCAUAAGAGGACCGUAGACAUGUACAC